GUUAUGAUAUUGCUGCGCUUACGCAUCUUCACGAAGUCGAUGCUCGGUCAUAGAUCGAAGACAUUGACGACAUCCCCGUCGAUUACAACCGUCACGUUCAUCCUAUAAUCUCCGUUCGUCGUUCGUUUGGUAGCUCGUUACAGCAGCGGAUACGAAAAAAUCGUCGGAAUUUUUCUAAAUUUUUUGCUCUACUUUUCGAUACGAUUAUCGCGCGACACUCCAGAGUGCAGUACAGUGAAUGUUGAUCAGGUUUUUGGUUCGAAUAAAUUUUUAGAUCGUUAGAUUCUGUGGCUGUAUUGUAAUAAAGUUAUAUAUCCACGUCGACCGAAAAUAUGCCGAGAAGGAAAUCGAUUUGGUCUUGUUUUAAUCUCGAAGGUUCCAUGGGCGACUACAUCAGCCACCCAGUUCUCUACGAGUUGUCGCACAAGUACGGGGUCGGAGGAAGCGAUCAAAUGCCGCUGCCAGCCCGGCUCGAUGAACUCCGGGAACAUAUUCGUAGAGAAAUACGAAAAGAACUCAAGAUCAAAGCCGGUGCGGAAAAUCUUCGAUUAGUAGCCACCGAUCGAAAGGCUCUGGCGGACGUCGCUACCAUUGUCAAAAAGGCGAAUAACAAACUCAGCGAACUACAAGCCGAACUACAAGAACUCGAGAGUCAGAUCAUUCUCACUCAAGGACAACCUUCUUCGCCGCAGCUAAACCACUGCAACGGUCAAGAUACACCCCUGUCACCGAUGGAUUCCUCUUCUCCGAGUCAGGAAGGUCUUUUCACAGAUCUUCGGCUAGUUUCUUUGGAAAAACAACUCAACAUCGAACUAAAGGUGAAACAGGGCGCUGAAAAUAUGAUUCAGAGCUUGACGAGCGGACACAGGGACAAGAAGUUAUUACAGGAAGCGCAGCAGAUGCUCGCGGAUUCCCGGGCGAAAAUAGAGUUUUUGAGAAUGCGUAUUGUAAAACUUAGACGCGUUAGAAAACAGCAACGCUCCAGGGGAUAUUCGCCGGCACCGAACGGCGAAAAUACCACUAGCAAAGACAAGUAUGAACCGAACCUGGAACUCGCUCUCGAGGAGAGGGUCGAAGAACUCCGACAUCGACUGCUAAUCGAAGCUGCGGUCGUCGAGGGCGCCAAGAACGUGAUUCGUCUUCUGCAGAGCGCCAAGGUCGCCGACAAAAAAGCUGUCACCGAGGCUCAAGCAAGCCUUGCAGAGUCGAGUAGAAAGUUAGACUUGCUGAGAUUAUCGCUGGAACUCAGAAGACAAGAAUUGCCGCCCGACAGUGCGACCGCCACACAAUUGAAACGAGAAUUAGCCAGCGUACAAGCCGCCAGUCCAGUUCCCGUGACUUACACGUCAUUGCAACCUUUUCGCGGACCUCUGGAAGGCCGAGCCGUAGUUCCUGCCUCCGUGUCGAGAUGCGCGGCAGUUACCGGCCAAUUGGAGGUGCGACUGAUGGGGUGCCAAGAUCUGGCCGAAGAAGUACCGGGUAGAACUAGAAGGGAGCACCCGGCUAGCCCGGAUUUGCGUAGUUUUGUUAAGGGUGUUACGGGGCGUAGUUCGAGCAAGUCCUACAGCGUGAAGGAUGAAACUAGCAAUGACAUAAUGGCGGUUAUUAAAUUGGAUAAUCAAACCGUAGCGCAAACUAAUUGGCGCCCGUGUUCCCAGCAGGCUUGGGAUCAAAGGUUUUCGAUCGAACUAGACAAGUCCAGAGAAUUGGAAAUAGGCAUAUAUUGGAAGGAUUGGAGAUCGCUUUGCGCGGUGAAAUUUUUACGUCUCGAGGAAUUCAUCGACGACGUACGACAUGGUAUGGCGUUGCAGCUGGAACCCCAGGGCCUACUCUUUGCGGAAAUAAAAUUCCUCAAUCCAAUGAUCUCAAGAAAGCCAAAACUACAACGCCAACGUAAAAUUUUCAAACAACAAGUAAAGAAUUUCCCUCGUCCAAAUCAAAUGAACAUAAACGUCGCUACGUGGGGGAGACUCCUCAAGCGUUCCGCACCUUCCAUGCACAACAGUAGAAAUUCGGAGAGUCCGCCGUCGGGACCACAACCGCUACGACUGGCAUUCGAAAACUGGCCCGAAGACAAGCCAGAAACACCCGGUGAGUCACCUGAUCCGGACAAGGGUGGACUCGGGGGUGCACGACCCUUGGGAAUGGGUGGUGCAACCGGUAGUCCGGUAUUACCGCAUCCUCCGGACCAUCCGCCACCACCUCCGCCAUCGGUAACGAAAAAACCCACAAUGCCAGCUCCACCGCCACCACCGAAACUAGAUCCGGAGUUGCAGAGUGCGUUAAGGGAGUUUGAUUUUCUGCACAACGAGGAGAAGGGCGGGCCCCAGGGGGCAAGUUUGAGACCCCUCGUGACGGAGCCCCGCCCUGUGCUGAUCGCACCACCCUCUCCACGCACCCCCUCGCCCCAACCUGUCGUCGAGUUCCCUGAGGAUGAGGUUGUGUAUGAAUUACCCGGUAGACCUCUACCAUAUAGAGAGAGUACGUACGAAUCAAAACGACUCUCUCAGCUAACUGGUAUGACUCUAGACAACUUUAGAUUACUAUCAGUCCUCGGUCGCGGCCAUUUCGGAAAGGUAAUUUUAUCUCAGUACAGAAAUACUGGGGAAUAUUUUGCAAUUAAGGCCUUAAAAAAAGGAGAUAUCAUCGCGAGAGAUGAAGUUGAAUCAUUGCUCUCUGAGAAACGCAUAUUCGAAGUUGCCAAUACAACGCGCCAUCCGUUCCUCGUCAAUCUCUUCGCCUGCUUCCAAACCGAGGCGCACGUAUGUUUUGUAAUGGAGUACGCCGCUGGUGGUGACUUGAUGAUGCACAUACAUGCGGACGUAUUCGGCGAACCGCGUGCUGUCUUUUAUGCCGCCUGUGUUGUCCUAGGGCUACAAUACCUGCACGAAAGUCGUAUUAUAUACAGAGACUUGAAACUCGACAAUCUCUUGCUCGACACAGAAGGUUACGUUAAAAUAGCCGAUUUUGGAUUAUGCAAGGAAGGGAUGGGAUUCGGGGAUAGGACAGGUACCUUUUGCGGGACCCCUGAAUUCCUCGCACCCGAAGUCCUUACGGAGACUUCGUACACUCGCGCCGUCGAUUGGUGGGGUCUGGGUGUGCUUAUUUUUGAGAUGCUCGUUGGAGAGUCGCCGUUCCCUGGUGAUGAUGAAGAAGAAGUCUUCGAUUCAAUAGUAAAUGACGAAGUUCGUUACCCACGAUUUCUUUCUCUAGAAGCUAUUGCGAUCAUGAGAAGGCUGCUGAGAAAGAAUCCCGAUAGACGGUUAGGCAGUAGUGAACGGGACGCGGAGGACGUUAAGAAACAAGCAUUUUUCAGAAACAUUUCAUGGGAUGAUUUAUUGCUGAGACGUGUCAAACCACCGUUCGUACCGGUCAUUCACUUCGUAGAGGACGUUAGUAACUUCGACGAAGAAUUUACUUCGGAAAAACCACAGCUAACACCACCUAAAGAUCCACGCAUGCUCAAUGAUCAAGAACAAAGCCUUUUCAGAGAUUUCACAUACAUGGCCGAUUGGUGCUAGCCUGUCAUCAAUAUAGACGAUAAUCUUACAAUUGAUCUGGUGUUCAUCCGUCUGAAAGCUUACACUGUUCUACAAUUUAUUCAGCAGUGAUCAAUGAUUUACUUCCAACAUUGAGGUAAAUCCUUUACAAUUAUUCUAAGCCAGAAACUUUUUCUGUUUUUGAAAACAGUAUCUACAUGCAUUGGGCUACAAUGAAUUAUUAUACAUAUAAUCGAUAAUCAUUCACACGCGUUCACGGAUCAAUAAUUAAUUGUAUUAUUAUUUUUCAAUUUCGGUUAUCCACUCACCGUCUAAGUUGCGACAAAAAUUAUUCUGAUUUACGACAAUAUGCGAUUCUUUUGUAAAAAAUUUACAUUCAUCGGCCAAAAAAAACUCGUCCGUUGCAUUGUAAAAUUGUCGUUGAUUCAAGCGGAAUACCCUGUAAACCCAGUCCUGUUAGGCUAUUGUCUUUUUUGUGAGCUUUCGGUAGAAAAAGAAACAUUAAAAUAAUGGUAAUAAGACAAAAGUAAAUAAUGGAACUUUUUGUGAUAGUUUCGAGUACAACUCGAGGUAUAGUUGCCUUAUUGCAUUAACAAAUUAAUACAAUGGUGAAUAAAAUACUGUUCGGUAACUAUUUUAUAAAGCAUUUUUUAUACAUUAUAAUUGUUCCUGAUUUAAAAAUCAGGAGGUGCUCACGCUAUAUUUUAUUCUAUCGAUGUCUGAUAUGACCAUUUUUUAGGGAUUUUGUAUCUUCAGUGAUUAGAAACGAACAGAAACGUGUUACGUCUUAGUGGCCUAAUUUUCCCUGACCCACUUUUUAAAAAUCAUCCCCAUAGGAUGCAUUCUAUACUUUUCGAGGUCACGGCGGUAACGAUGAUGCACGAUCAUACUUUGAAAUUAAAUAAUGUUGAUAAAAUUCAUUUAAGCAUAUCCGUGGUGAUGAAUAAUCACGCAGUGUCAGUUGUUGCCAAGAACAUAGUUUACUCUUCGGUGUGAUGUUUUCUGAAAGAAAGGUAUCGUUCACCUGUAUAAAUUGCUGAAACUGAAAAUUUUCAAUGCAGGUUUUAAGCAACUUAAAUAAUUGUUGAAUCGAGUGACACUAAUUAAGCCGCAUACUAACGUGUCAAUUCUCAAUCGUUUUCUCUCUCUCUCUCUCUCUCUGUUGAGCUCAUGUCCCUUCAAACUGCCAAAACAGAAGGAUAACUGUAAGCUAACAAUUGUAGAUUUUUUUCUGCAUUUCUGAACCUGAAGAAACUUUUACAAUACUAAUCGUAUUCUUUUUCUGUCGCGUUUGAUUUCAUGGUAAAUUUUUUCCCCUCUUCAUUUUAACGUCAUUUCGACGUAAUGAAUCGCUGAAUAACAACUUGGCAAGUAACGAAGUAUCCUGUAUGCUUCAGUUUAAUCAACUGUUUGUUUAAUUCCAUACAGUUACAAAACGAACAAAUAAUUUGAAUCUAAUUUCAAAUAUAUAAUUACACAGAUAAACAUACACGUAACAUCUAAAGAGAACAUUGAAAUAAAAAUAAAAAUUCGUAUGGUGUAUAUAUAAUAUAAAUAUAUCAGUUAUAAAACUUGAUUGUAGAUAGUCAUAUAUAAUUUAGUUUUGAAAUUUUUACUAGCAAUACAAUUUCGUUACUCAAUUUUUACUACGUAUGAAUAAUAAUAAUAACAACAAUAAUAAUAAUGAUAAUAAUAAUAAAAAUAAUAAUAACGAUUGUUAGAUCUUAGUCUUGAAAUGUGUUCGGCAAUGCAUUCAUUUCAAUAUUCAUCAUAAUUUUAAUGACAAAGAAACUGUACGUGCCUCAUACCCUAUAGUUUAUACUAAACAACUAAUUUAACCACGAUGCCUACGUGAUGAUUUUAAAGUAUUAAUUUAUUUGAUACGUGUAAUUGCAGUGGCAGCUUACAAUAUUAUAUUAUAUAGUUGCGUAGUUCUUAAUUACAACUUGGAAAUUCAUAAUCUUAUAUGCUAAAGGCAAAUCAUGCAUACAAUAAAUGUAAGAAAAUACACAAAUUCAUUUAUUUCAUA